CCUUCCCGGGUUAAGCUUAGCGCUUAGCAAAACGCUUGCCGAGAUCGUUUUUGCAGAAAGGUCCAGAGAUAUUUCGCGAUUUCACCGCGAGGUCCCUGGAGCUUGUGCGAUGCCGUGGUAUAAUACGCCUUCACGUGGCGCGGCGUGGGCGCAAAUUCUAAUGCCAAUGGCGGCCGGUGCCGGCGCCGGCGAGCCCGCCCCGCGCGCGGAGGCAGCCGGCUUCGGCUCUGGCUCUGGCUCCAACCACCUGCGUCCGAGGCGGGGCCCGCCGCCCCCGUCCCCGUCCCCCGCGGUCGGGAAGCCGCUCCCGUCGGGCGCGGUGCCGCGCCACGCGUUCGUGUUCGACGGCGAUGGCGGCUUCUCCGAGGCGCCCUGGGGCCUGGGCCUGGCGCCGUCGGCGUCCGGCGGGUCGGCGCGGCGUCCCAGGCCCGGGGAGUUCACGUGGCACCACGUGGAGCUCCCGCGCUCCGCGGCCAAGCCGCUCCACCACGCGCAGGCGCUCAUCGAGCUCCUCUGCCCGCCGCUCACGCUGCAGGAGAUCCUCGCGUUCGUCGCCACGGGCCCGCACUGCUGCUCCUCCUCCGGGGACAGCGGAGGCGCGCUCCUGCUCCGGGUCAGCUCGCCGGGCCCCGUCGGCAGCGCGUGCGCGCUCCGCCUCGCCGUGCGCGUCACCGAGAGCUCCGUCGUCACCGUGUCCGUCGGCGGGGUCCCGCGCCUCGCGUUCGGGACCAAGCAGGCGUCGCUGCUCUCCGAGGUGCCGCUCGGCGUCGUCGCCGACGAGGGACACGGCGGGGGAUGCGCCGUCGACGGCGGCGUCGUCAUCGAGGAGCGCCUGCUCGAGUCGCUGCUGGCCAUGAACCACGCCGACGGCGCGCACACCGACAACCCGGUGCCGCGGACGGUGUCCAACCUCCUCGUGCACGUCCUCGGCACGCACGUAGACCACGUCCACGACAUUGUCACGCGCCUCGAGAUGGACCUCGACGCCAUCGAGCUGCAGCUCGACAAAGGUGGUCACUUUCUGAGGAAACUUUUGCUGGAUGGCAGGAGAUUCCCAAAAAUGCAUCUCGAUCUACAGCGGUUGCUUCAGGUUGUUUCUCACGGUGAACAAGUAUUCCCCCGCGUGAAAGAAAAAUGUGCGAGCAAGAGUUGGUUCGCAACUGGAGAUAUAGCAGCCCUUGAAGAUCUGAUAGGUCGCCUCAGAAGGCUCAAAGAAAACCUAGGAUUCAUUACAAAUAGAGUUACCACACUUCAGGCUAGUCUCGAUAGUUGGCAAUCAGAGCAGAUAAACAAAAGCUUGUACUACCUUUCAUUUCUCUCCAUAAUAUUCCUUCCUCUUUCCAUUGUCACUGGAGUUUUCGGGAUGAAUGUUGGUGGCGUGCCAUGGACCGAGCAGAACAAGAACCCUAAAAACCGGGAUGGCUUCAUGAAUGUCAUGCUAAUAUGUGUUGUGAUCUUAUUACUUCUGUUGCUAUGUUUCUUAUUUCCUUCAUUAUAUUCUCAUGUGACGUCAUGGAGAACACGCCGUGAACUGACCCGGAGCAAUUCUCAGAACAAGAGGCAUCUGAAACUCUUCAAAGGUCACAAAGAAGGUUACAUGCGCCUAUGACAAUACUAUUGCAAACUGUGGUGUUCAUUUCAGCAGUAAGGUUAUUGUCAGUGAUGUUGUAAGAUUAGCGGAGAAAAGAUCCUAGAUAGUCAACACAUGUACAGGUUUGAAGGAGAACCUCCAUUUGAGGUUCAUACCAUGUUCAUUGCUUAGUUUAUUUUGUUGUAGUCUUGGUGUCCUGGGGUAACUUGUAGAUUCAUGGCUGUCACUGUACCUUUAUUUAUUCUGAUUCUGAAAAUGAAACAUUUCUUCAA